GAUGAUCCGCCAUGAUGCUAAAGUAAUGUUGGGAGUCACUUUCCCGAUGUUGGUUACGGGUGUUCCCGUGUCUAGAAAGUAUUAUUUCAACAUUAUAAUUUUAUCGGGGUUUUGUAUGCGCUGUAGAAAGCUUCAAAAGCGUUUGAAGCUUUCGUAGUUGUAUUCAUGGAACUAUGAACCUAGACUCUUUGUCUUUUGCUUUGUCUCAAAUCAGUUAUUCAGUAACAAAUUUAACCAAGAAAAAUUUCAAGUCUGGUGUUCAGGAGAUAUCAAGACUCGUAGCCCAGCACGGCUUAGAAGCAGAGAGGCACCUCCUACGGUGUUUGUUUUCCCACAUUGACUUUAGUGGUGAUGGUAAAAGUAGUGGAAAAGACUUUCAUCAGAUUCAGUACCUAACUCAGGAGUGUGCCUCAUUGAUAAGCAAGCCUAGUUUUGUAUCGAAUUUGUGUAGUGCAAUAGACAAACCUUUGCAUCAUCAGAAGAGCUUGAGAUCUUCUUCUCAGCUUCUGUCUAAUUUGAGUAAAGUGCUUAAACUCACUCGAGUACAAGAAGUAGCAUUUGGACUUGCACUUCUUCAUUCUUCAAAUAGUGACCUGUGUAAUCACGCAACUCAGUUCUUGAAACAAAAGGUUCCUGAACUUUUGCGAUCUUACACUGACUCAGACUCCACAGCUGAUCAAGAAGGAAGCUUACAGGAUUCUGCACCUGAAUUUCUUCAUCUGUUGUUAAUUUACAUUCUUCACUCUCCCAAAGAUCAGGUUGGGUUAACUACUGAACAGAAAGAAUCCUUCCUGCAAUCCUUAAGAAGAGACUUUCCACAACCAAGAGUUCCAGUUAUAUUGGCACCCUUGUUAUACCCUCAAAAACAGGAAAUUCUUAUGGAAAAAGCAGUUUCUGAAACAUCAGCAAUGGCUAAACAGGUUGAUGAUUCUGUGGCAGAUCUCGUUAGGGAAAUGGGAUACUGUUUUACUGCAAGUGUGGAAGAUUGCAAGACAAACUUAUUACAUUUAUGUCAGAACCAGAUUAUGCCAUCUGUCGUAGCCAGAAUUUUAUCUGUGAUGGCAAGAACACAUACAGGGCUUGGUGAUAGUAUUUCAUUACAGAGUCUUGGUUCAGGAGGGUCUAUGUGGAAUGAUUCAAAGGACAAGAAUGAUGGAAACCACUUCACUACAUGGAGCGUUGAUGUUUUUGUCCAAGCUCUUCAUGAACUAGUGCCAUCUCUGAAUUGGAAAGAAGUGGUGCAAGAACUAGACCAUCCUGGUUUUUUGUUAAAAGACAGACAGGGACUUAAACUUUUGUGGCACUCAUUGAUUAGAGGAUUAAACCGUGAGGUUUUUCCAUCUGAGUACAUAUAUAGGCACUGGAGGAAUUCUGAAGGACAACUAUCAUUAUUUCAACAAAUUUUAAAGAACUCGGAUUUAUUGUGCCUGUUGGAUUAUAACUGUCACACUGUUGUAACUGAUAUUUUAAAAGCACCACCAGAGGAUGAUAACAGGGAUAUUUCUAAUUGGAAGUCACUAGACUUGAUAGAAACACUGCUUCACCUCUCGGAUGUAAGCCAGUGUGGACCAGUGCAAGAACUGUUCAAGUUCCCUGUCCAGCAUUGUCCUGAUAUAUUGGUACUGGGGCUUCUGCAGAUUUCGGGUUCUUUAAACCUAUUACGACAAGAACUGUUGUCCAACCUGAUUCCUGUAUUUUUAGGAAAUCAUUCCAAUUCAGCAAUAGUUCUACAUUAUGCUUGGCAUGCUCAGGUCCAUGCUGUCAAAGUGAGACCUAUCAUCAUGCAUGCUAUGGCUGAAUGGUACUUAAGAGGAGAUUGUGAUCAAGCUCGCCUGUCUCGUAUAUUGGAUGUGGCACAGGACCUGAAAGCUCUGUCAGUGUUGUUAAAUGGUAACCCAUUCUCUUUUGUGAUAGACCUAGCAUGUCUAGCAUCUCGACGGGAAUACCUGAAAUUGGACAAGUGGCUGUCAGACAAAAUUCAAGAACAUGGGUUUGGUUCAAGUUUUCUUCUAGGCUUGAACACAAGCACAGUCAUGUCAUCAGCCAUCAGCUCAGCCUCAAUAAAAACUGGAUUUGCGGCACCUACUGUUGAUCGUUUGAGACAAGGUGAUAUGUCAGCCAUGUUCCCAGAAAUGAGCCAACAAGUGUCUAAGGAAGUGGAAGAUGAAGCUAAUGGAUACUUUCAAAGAAUUUACAAUCAUCCUCCUCACCCAACUCUCUCUAUUGAUGAAGUGUUAGAGAUGUUGAAGAAAUUUCAAGAGUCACCCAAUAAAAGGGAAAGGGAAGUUUUCAGUUGUAUGCUACGAAACUUGUUUGAGGAGUACCGGUUUUUCCCUCAAUACCCAGACAAAGAAUUGUUGAUAACUGCACAACUGUUUGGGGGAAUCAUUGAACAAGGUCUUGUCACUUUCAUGUCCCUGGGCUUGGCACUACGCUAUGUACUUGAUGCACUCAGGAAACCUCAUGGAAGCAAAAUGUAUUUUUUUGGUAUAACAGCCCUUGACAGGUUUAAAACAAGAUUGAAAGAAUACCCUCAGUAUUGCCAGCAUCUUUCCUCUAUUGCUCACUUCCCAGAUUUCCCAAGUCAUUUGAUAGAGUACAUUGAAUAUGGAGCUCGCACCCAGGAACCACCCAACCAUCCCCAGGGGUUAUCUUUACCUCAAAGUAUGGUUGGAAUGUCUUCAGGUUUCGGUCCUAUCGUUUCUGCAACGGCACGGACUGUUACCACUACCACUGCAACUGUGAUUACUACUGCUACUACUACAAAACCAUCAACUAUUGGAAGUGGAAAGCCAUCCAUUGCUAAUGCUACUAAUAUUGACACGCUGCUUGUAGCAACUGAGAAAGAUGAAAAGAUGGUAAUACCUCCUGAAUCAGUGCAGGACAAGGUGGGAUUUAUUAUCAACAAUCUAUCACAGAUAAACCUGGCACAAAAGACAGAAGAGUUUAAAGAGCUUGUGAAGGAAGAUUACUGGCCAUGGGCUUCCCAGUACUUGGUUAUGAAAAGAGCAUCCAUUGAACACAAUUUUCACACACUGUACUCCAAUUUCCUAGACACACUGCGCCAAGUAGAUCUUAGUAAACUUGUAGUGCGUGAGACCUUCCGCAACAUUAAGGUUCUUCUUCGAAGUGACAAGGGAAUUGCUAACUUUUCAGAUCGUUCUUUAUUAAAGAAUUUAGGCCAUUGGUUAGGAAUGCUGACGUUGGCAAAAAACAAACCUAUAAUGCAGAUAGAUAUAGACAUAAAGUCUCUACUUAUUGAGGCUUAUCAUAAAGGACAACAAGAACUUCUCUAUGUAGUUCCUUUUGUUGCCAAGGUUCUGGAAUCUUGUGGGAAAAGUCGAGUCUUCAAGCCUCCCAACCCUUGGACAAUGGGGAUCAUGAGUGUUUUAGCCGAGUUACACCAAGAACCAGAACUAAAGUUGACUCUGAAGUUUGAAAUUGAAGUUCUUUGUAAGAAUCUCAAUUUGGAUAUAAAUGAUUUGAAGAAGGAAAAAAUCAGCAAUGUGUUUAAAGACCACCAUAGACUUGCUCGCAUUGAACCACAGCUAUCACCUCUUCCAAAACGAAAGGAACAGAUGUUAAACAUAUCAAUUCCACAACCCAAGAUCCAGUCUUCAUCAUUGGUUCCUGCAAGUACGGCUGCUCCACCUAAGAUGGUACAGGAGGAGGUCUCUGCUGGAGUUCAAGCAGGAGUUGUAACUGUUCGAGGAAGCACCACCCCUACAGGAGGAAGCUCGGCAACUCCCAUGGCCUCUGGAUUCCCACAGCCACAGUUUGCAUACCUUGAUAUUAAUGUAUUAUCCAUAACUGGUCUUUCCCAGCAUAUCCAGAUUAAUAACCAGCUUCCGUUAUUACAAAGUCAUCCCCAUCUAAAACAAGUUGUAAAAUCUGCUAUUGAACAUGCCGUCCAAGAAUGGCUGGGACCAGUGGGAGAACGUUCCAUCAGAAUUGCUAUUGGAACCUGUGAACAGAUUGUUAAGAAGGACUUUGCACUUGAUCCAGAAGAAGCUCGAAUGCGCACAGCAGCCCAUCACAUGGUCCGUAGCUUGACAGCUGGUAUGGUAAUGAUAACUUGUCGAGAACCACUUAAUAUGUCCAUUACUACCAAUCUUAAGGCCUCAUUUCUUUCAGCACUUAGAGGAGCAACACAGCAGCAGAAGGAGCUUGUAGAACAGGCUGCCACUGUUGUAGCUCAGGAGAACAUUGAACUGGCCUGCUGUUUUAUACAGAAAACUGCUGUGGAGAAAGCCGUUCUAGAGAUAGACAAAAAAUUGGCUUCUGAGUAUGAUCGACGCAAGCAUGCUAGAGCAGAAGAGCGUCGUUAUUGUGAUCCAGUGGUCCUGACAUACCAAGCUGAAAGAAUGCCUGAACAAAUCAGGUUAAAGGUGGGGGGAGUCACCCUUCCACAGAUGGCUGUUUAUGAAGAGUUUGCUCGUAAUAUUCCUGGUUUCCUUCCCAGUCAUGAAAGGGACUCGGUAUCAAACUAUAUUUCCAAACCUCUCCAGGUUAGCCAGUCUUUUUCUACUGAUGAUAUUACACAGAUCUAUGACAAGGUAAUAGCAGAGCUUGACCGCUACAUUCAGAGCCUGAUGGCUAUUCCAGCAAGCCCACAAGCUGCAGCACUUCACAGUCUGAGAGAAGGAGUGUUUCUUGUACGAACAUCAAGAGAGAUUGUUACAGCUCUUACUCUUGUCCAGAAGACAGUGGAAAGUCUUCUAGAAGGGAUGACACAGCACUCACCUGAUCCUGAAGUUGCUAUUCGUUAUCGUGAUGGCCAUCUACUUGUACUGAAAGCUCUAGCUGAUCCCAGGGCAUUCGGUACCCAAUGGACAGUUAAACAUGUUACUCGAGCUCUAAUUGAAUGUCGUGAUGAUUAUCGGUAUAACCUGGAAGGUGUGGAUUGUCUUAUUCGCAGCCAUUUGGUCAACAUGCCUUCUUAUGAUCUGCAUCUUACCCAGCUUAUGGAAGGUGGAUUGAAUUAUCUUGCCGUAGCUUUUGCCAUGCAGCUAGUAAAGCUUUAUAUUGUGGAUAAACGUCAUGAUGGCUUCUUUUCAGAGGGUGAUCUUUACCAUACAGUGGAAAUACUUGCUCGAAUUGCUACUCACUCCAGACAGCCACCAGAAGGUUUGUCACAGUUAAUUGACAUGGUUCAGUGUGCAUCACAGGAAUCUGGAUUUUUAGAUCGUGCACCAGGAGGACCCAUGUCUAUGAUGCACUCUGGAAUCUCCCAAGCUCGUGAAUACGAUGACCCUCCAGGGCUUCAUGAAAAAACAGAAUACCUCUUGCGUGAGUGGGUGAACAUGUAUCAUAAUGCAAGUGCUGGGAGGGACAGUACCAAAGCCUUCACUAUGUUUGUUCAUCAGAUGAAUGUACAGGGAAUAUUAAAGACUGACGAUUUGAUUACUAGAUUCUUCAGACUUAGUACUGAAAUGUGCACAGAGCUCUGCUACAGAGCCUUCUCAGACCAAUCUAAUCCUUCCCCAUCUUUAGUGCGAGCCAAAUGUUUUCAUACUUUAGAUGCCUAUGUAAGGUUGAUCACGUUGCUGGUGAAACACAGUGGUGAUGCCAACAAUAGUCUCACAAAGAUUAACUUACUCCACAAGGUCCUUGGUAUUGUUGCUGGUGUACUGCUUCGAGAUCACGACUUUCGGAGCACAGAAUUCCAACAGUUACCCUAUCAUCGAAUCUUCAUUAUGCUUUUCCUUGAACUCAGUGCCCCAGAACAAGUCUUGGAGUCUAUCAGUGUUCAGGUUCUAAAUGCAUUCUGCAAUACUCUUCACAUCCUACAACCUUCCAAAGCUCCUGGGUUUGCCUAUGCCUGGCUUGAAUUAGUAUCACAUCGAGUGUUCUUAGGGAAGAUGUUGGUACUCACUCCACAGCAGAGAGCUUGGGGCAUGUAUGCUCAGCUGCUGAUUGACAUGUUCAAGUUUUUAGCACCUUUUUUAAGAAAUGUGGAGCUUCCCAAACAGAUUCAACUUUUAUACAAGGGAACACUCCGUGUUUUGCUGGUGUUACUUCAUGACUUUCCUGAAUUUCUCUGUGAUUACCAUUAUGGAUUUUGUGAUGUCAUUCCACCAAAUUGUAUCCAAAUGAGGAAUCUUAUUCUCAGUGCAUUUCCCCGUCACAUGAGAUUGCCAGAUCCCUUCACUCCCAACCUUAAAGUUGACUUGCUACCAGAAAUUACCCAGGCCCCUCGUGUUCUAACUAACUUUGCUAGCAUGAUCCAGCCAGCAAACUUCAAGAAGGAUUUAGACUCGUACAUCAACAGCCGAAGUCCAGUGACCUUCCUCUCAGAGUUGAGAAGUAACUUGCAGGUAUCCAAUGAACCUGGAAUGAGAUACAACAUCCCAUUAAUCAAUGCUUUAGUCCUGUAUGUUGGUACACAAGCCAUUAGUCACAUUCAGACUAAGGGACAGGCUCCGAGUAUGGGAACGAUCACACAUUCUUCUCACAUGGACAUAUUUCAAAAUCUGGCUGUGGAUCUGGAUACAGAAGGUCGUUACUUGUUUUUGAAUGCAAUAACAAACCAGCUUCGCUACCCUAAUAGUCAUACUCACUACUUCAGUUGUACCCUGUUAUACUUGUUUGCUGAAGCGAACACUGAAGCUAUUCAGGAGCAAAUCACCAGAGUUCUACUGGAGAGAUUAAUUGUGAAUAGACCACACCCUUGGGGCCUACUGGUCACCUUCAUAGAGCUUAUCAAAAACCCAACCUUCAAAUUCUGGAAUCAUGAAUUUGUGCGUUGUGCCCCUGAAAUUGAGAAGUUAUUUGACUCUGUGGCUCGUUCCUGCAUGCCUCAAAAACCUUCUUCUGACACAGCCAGCACUUGAAGAGAUGUGGCGAUGUAUAGGAUUUUUUUAAAAGGUCUCACAUUUCUCUUCUACAUUGUACAUUCUGCCAUGGUUGUCAUCGUAGGGACUUUUUUUUGUUUGUUUGUGAAUUACUGUACUUUGUUUGAAAUAAAAAUUCUUUGAAGCAUUA